AUGGCACGACGAGAUACUACAAAUAUAGCUGAAAUAGUACGAAGAGUUGUGAGUUCAAUAAAUAGUCUUGAUUCAAGUACAACAAAUGCAGCAACUCUUCAAAACAUGGAGACUGUAAGCCGCAAUCCAAGUUCAAGGACACCUGGACAAGAAGUCAACGACGCUUUUCGUCUCCCAAGGACAAGUAGUACAAAUGAAUCACAAGAAACUAUUACCCCUCGAUCGAGAAAUGGGCGAUUCACACCUUAUAGCGGUAGAAAGAAAGAGAAAAAAGCAAAAGAGAAAAAGGUUUCAAGUUCUCAACUAGAUUUUACAUUGAAAGACGUUUGUCUUUUGCCCAGCCCUUCGUGGAAAGAUGUACCAAGACGGGCGAAGAAACAGAAUUUAGUACGCAACAAUCUCUUUGUUGAUGUGUGGUCACUCGAUAAAACAUGGUCGGAGGAACAAUUGAGGAGUGAAAUUUUGAUGUUAUUUAAAGACCACAUAAAGACAGUAAACAAGUAA